AUGACCGACGCUGCGCGCUGGAAGGCGACCGUGUUCGUGGGUGGGCUGGCUUCUAUCGUUACGGCCUCCAACGUCCACGAUGCCUUCAUCCCCUUUGGCGAAAUUGCCGAUGUGUCGCUGCCAAAGAACGACAAGCCGAACUCAACCGAUCCCCACAGGGGCUUUGCCUACGUUGAGUAUGAGGACGCGGAAGAUGCCAAAGAAGCCAUCGACAACAUGGACCAGUCUGAAUUCUUCGGACGAGUCAUCAAAGUUUCAGCGGCCAAGGUACCGAAGAGCGCAGAUGAGGGCCUAGGAAGCAAAAAGGCUGUCUGGGAACAGGAGGGCUGGCUGGCAGAACAUGCGGUUGGGGAUGAGGACGGCGUCACGAGAGAGCAAAUCACAGAGGUCGAAGUGCGUGGAGACGAUCCCAUGCAAGGUCUGGAGGGGCUUGACGUCGCAGGUCCUAGGCCAGAGUGA